AUGGUUGAACAUGCAGUCCGUGACUUCCAGUCAGCACUGCAGCAGCUGAAUGCCACCAGCGGCAAGCCAGCCAGCUUUGGUUGCAGUGCCAACUGCCAAAUCUGUGCACAGCUUGUGUUGGAGAAUAACAGUCCGGUGCAAACUGGUGCCGGAUCGCUGUGGUCGCAGAGGCCAACUUUGUAUUUCGAUUUCGACGAGCUUGAUGAGGAGGAAAUUGGUCGACCACCCGUGGCGGCAACAAUGGCAAGUGAAAGACAAGCGACUUCGACACGAAGGCUUUUCGAGGGCACCGUGACGUUGCAGAUCGUUGCAGCGAUGACUGGGGUCCAGGUAUGUUCGUUGGUGAAUACGGCACUGAGUUGUACCAUCUGGGAUGUUAAGGAGCGCAUCGAGCGCAAGGAAGGGACGAAACUCAGCGCGCAGAAGUUGCUUUGUGCCAAUGGCCAGGUUGCGCACGACGACGCCAUUCUCGCAGAUGUGGUGGACCACGGGCAGCCGGAGCUCAGCCUUGUCCGCUCUCCCCCUGUCUGGGCUGGACUGCUGGCGAGUAUCGCAGCUGGGGAAGUUCAGCUUGAGGAACUUGACGAGGGUGCACGCAGCGAUCGGGCCAUCGUUCUCGCAGCGGUGCACGCAAGUCAAGGCAGAGCCCUCGCUCAUGCAUCUCCUACACUACGUGGCGACAAGGAAAUGGUCACCGAAGCGGUGAAGCGGAACGGGCUUUCCCUGCGGCAUGCUAGCUCGUCACUGCGAGCAGACCGUGAUAUCGUUCUGACGGCUAUUCGGGAGUGCCCGUUGGCCUUGGAAUUUGCAGGUGACGCGCUGCGGAAAGACCAUGAUUUCAUAGUCAACGCGGUGCGGGUGUCGGCCCGGGCGGCUGGAUGUGUUACAGAGGCGAUCGCUGGGCCAUGCUUGUCUCGGGCGCAUUGUGACUAUGGAGAUGCAAAUGGCAGUUAUUACGGGGUACCUACAGCGGGCAUGCACAGCAGCCACGGGGAAGAUUCGGGAAAAAAUGGGCGGGCUAGAAAGGUGAAGAAAAGGAGUUGGACUGUUGAGUUACAAGACCUGGCAGAGACGUCCGGUUGGGCACAAAACGAGAUUGCAACAGAAGGUGGUGUUGCGGUUGUCGGAUUUUUUUCCAAGCAGAGCCUCAUGCUUGGCAUGCUGCCCUUUGUGAGCUGA